GCCACCAAGUGGGGGCGGGGAAAAGGGAAUGGGCUGUCCCGUUACCAGGGAGACCAGGCUUUAAACACAGACAGAGAGAGAGACGGGUGGGGGGCUCAGGCGCCAAGAUGCACAAAGUGGACCUACCGCUGGAGAGCAAGGAGGCGGCUGCCCUCGAGGCGCGGAGGGAGCGAGAGAAGCAGCGGCAGAGCCGCAUCUUCAACGCACGCCACCGCACCAUGGGGGUGGACGUGGAAGCCCUGAGGAGUCAAGUGGAGGAGCGGAAGCUGAGAGAGGAAACAGAGAAACGCCGGGAUGAGUCCUAUGACGCCGAGCGGGUGCUGUGCGACCGGGUGGCGCAGAUGCUGGAGGAGGAGGAACGUCAGCGGGUGCGGCGCCUCCACCAGGCCGUGCAGGAGUUCCGGGAGCGGGAGCAGCCACCCCCCACCCGGCGGGAGUGGGACCUGUACAACCCCGAGGGGCUGCGCCGGGACCAGCCGGCCCGGGUCAGCGACUACGACCCCCGCUGCGGUCCCGCCAGCCUGCAGCGCUUCGCCGGCGAGGACCUGGCGCUGCCCACCCGCCGUCGGCUGCAGCAGGAGCAGCAGUGCCGCAGCCUAGAGGACCAGCGUGCCGACCAGCAGCGGGCCCUGGCCAACGCCAAGUAUGCAGACACGCUGGAGGAUAAGAAGCGAGUGGAGCUGGAUCUGCGGGCACAGCAGCUGGCCCAGCUGGAGGAGGAGUGCCGCCGCGCCAAGGACCUCGCCACGGCCGACUACAACCGGGCCCAGGCGGUAGAGGCGGCGGAGCAGCACCGGCUGGCGUGUCAGCGGGAACAGGACGACAACCAAGCCGAGAUCCACAACCACCUGACGGGGCAGCUGCUGACAGAGGACCCAGCCGUGGCCGAGAGCCCGCUGGGCCCGCACCGGAUCCUCACCGACCGCUGGAAGGGCAUGAGCCCCACGCAAGUGGAGGCCGUGUGGAAGGCGCAGGAGGAGCAGCGGCAGGAGAACCAGGCAACAGUACCUGCAGAGGGAGGUGUACACCAAUCCGCCCAGCGCCCAGUACCACCUGCAGUUCAAUACCAGCAGCCGCUAGGCCCAGCCCCGGGGCACCGACUCCGAAACCCCCAUGGACCGCCCCCUGCCCUGCCGGGACAUGCCCAAUCCCCACCCUUAUCACUACCCCUGCCCCACCCAAUCCCUGCCCUCCCAGGACACGCCCAAUCCCCACCCCCUGCCCCAAUCAUUACCCUCACCCCACCAGCACACACCCAAUUCCCACCCCCCCGCCCCGCCUGGACACACCCAGUACCCGCCCCCUGCCCCACAAUGACACGCCCGAGGGUCUCCCCUCCUAUGGCCAGGACGCCCCCACUCCCCCCUUGCUGGGGGGGAUCUGACACUCGGCCCUGUUCUUUCAGCCACAACGGCAUCCAAUAAACUGUCGUGCCCCACA